CAUUUAAUUUUUUUUUGGACCACCUCCUCGGUACUAUACACUGACAUGUCACGGAUAAUAUUAAUUCCUACCAUUAUCAUAUCAUUCAAAAAUCUUAUGCCACCAAUUAUCUCCCAAAAAUGACUUCUUCCUCUUCUUCCAAAUCUCCUCCUUUAAUCCCUUCACGCCAUUCUCCACAAUUCACACCAAUUCAAGAGGAACAUGAAUUUGAUGAAUACAGAAGCCAAAGUAGAAGAACAACACCAACAAGUGCUUCAACUCCAAAGCAUCAUCAUCAUCCACCAACACCAAUCAAUAUCAACAAAAACACAAAACCAAAUCACAAGAAAAAACGUUCUGAAACUGAACUAGAAGAUGGUUCUGUUUCAUGCAACAAAUGCAGACCACAUUCUCGUGACAAAAUCUUUAUCCUUCCCUUUGAUCAUUCCAACAACAGCAACAGUAACAGCAAGUAUUCAUCUUUGUUGCAAAGUCCAAAUGGGAUUUUCAAAUCCAUUGUUUCAAAGCUAACAAGAAAAAGUCCAAUGUCAACAUCAACAACAAACAACAAUGAAGAACAAUGGAAAAUGGCAGUGGCAGAACUUUCUCACAAACUUGUUCAUGCCACAAGAAAAAGAGAUGAAGCUCUUCAAGAAGCUUCAAGGCUCAUGAAUUCAAUGUCAGAGUUAGAGAAAAAGUUGAACAAGCUUGAAAUUUAUUGUCACACUUUGAAAUCUGGUCUUGAAGAAUGUAACAUUGGUUCUUCUAAUGUCGUUGCUCAGAAGAAUUUUCAUCAUCAUGUUCAAGACAAUGACAACGUUGUACAACAUUUCUUGGUGGCUGUUUCUGAAGCAAGAUCUUCAGUGAGACUUCUAAGUCGUUCAUUAACAAUGCAACUUAGACACACAGGAAGCAAAGUGUAUGAAAAAGUUUCUUUACUUUUACAACCUUAUGAUAUAAAAAUAUCUUUUUCAAAGAAUCCAAGAAGUUUGCUUUUUUACUUGGAAGCACUUUUGAACAAGACAUUUUUUGAGGAUUUUGAGUCAAUAGGGUUUCAAAAGAAUGCUUGUAAUAGGAUAUUGAACCCUAUGGAAAGGUGUGAAUCAAGUUUUGCUUCAUUCAACAUGAUACAUGGGUUGACUUGGGAUGAAGUUUUGAGCAAAGGGACAAGACAUUUUAGUGAAGAUUUUAGUAGAUUUUGUGAUAGAAAAAUGAGUGAAAUUGUUGCUAUGUUGGGUUGGAAUAGGGCUUGGUCUGAACCACUAUUGCAAGCUUUCUUUGUUGCUUCAAAGAGUGUUUGGAUGGUUCAUUUGUUGGCUAAUUCAGUUCAUCCAAGUUUACAAAUAUUUAGAGUUGAUAAAGGAGUCAACUUUGAUUCUGUUUACAUGGAAGAUAUGGGUGGGGACAAGUCUUCAAGGUUGGUACCAAACAUGGUUAGGAUUAUGGUUGCACCUGGUUUUUAUGUCUAUGGUAGUGCUGUUAAAUGUAAGGUUCUUUGCAGGUACUUGACCAAUAACCUCAGCAACAACAAACAAGACAAAGGUUUAAACCCAUCACCUUAAAUAAACCCAUUUUAUUUUUUAUUUUUAAUGUGGAAUUGGAAAGUGUACUCUAUUUGGUUUGGAAUUUAGAAUUUGGAUCAGGUUCUAUUGUUGUUAUGAUUCAUGGCUUGGUUUUUUGUUGUUGAUAUUUUAUAGUAUGUAUUUUUCAUGCUUGAGUUGGGAUAUGAUAUGUCGGUAUAUGGAGUCAACGUGAACAAUUUGGCAUUUUAUGGUUA